GCCGCCUCCCGGAGCUCUUUCCAGGAAACGCUACAACGCUGCGGGGCUUAUGAGGAGGCAAGGGAGUGGCUGGGUGGUGCAAGAAGAAGAAGAAGGAGAGAGGAGGAUCAAAACCCUCCCAUGAUUCACCGGCAAAAGACGGAGUCGAGAUUAGAUCCGGAUUUAACUCGCCCCGAGUUGCCCCCUGCGCUGGCUUUGGCUGCUGGCUCCCAGUAUACGUGAAUAGAAUUCGCCCUCUUCUGUACAAAAUGUCACUUGGGAUUUAUAUUAGAGAGGUGGGAAAGAAACACAUUUUUCAAAGAUAAUUAACAAAUUCAUACCUGGAUCCAUUCCUUAUGAUCAGGAGGGAAAAAAUCCAUAAGGGAUUUCCAGUCAUUGACAAAUGUUGAUCUUUUUCUAACCAAAAUUGAUCAUGAUUUAAGAAAAGUUGCAGGACUUAGUAUGACUGGCUGCUGGGCAUUUUUGUGGUGGUUUUCAUCAUUAACAUUGGUAUAUCAUUCUGGAUGUUACCUCAUUGACCCAAUUGCUGCAAGUAGUUUUAGCCACAUCCAUAAUUACAUUAAUGCAUCAAAUUUGGAUCAAGAUCAUUGUGAAAAGAAACUGAAAUUAACUACUUUGGAUAAAUGGAAACUUUCCACAGAAUUGUUCACAGCUGCACUUCCCAUUGAUCAUAUUCAAGAGAAUUAUGUUCGUGAGGUUCGAGAUUGCAUUUUUUCUGUUGGAUAUCCUACACCAUUUAAAUCCAGAGUUCUACUUGUAGCUGUUUCAGAGGAAGUCCUGGAAGAAAUUCUGGACUUAGACAUGUCCGCCUCAAGCUCAGAUGAUUUUUUACAGCUUGUCAGUGGUUCAAAAAUAAUCUUGGGGUCUCUACCGCUAACCCACAGAUAUGGUGGCCAUCAGGAGAGGAGAUGGCAGAGCUGUGCUUCGGUCUUCUGUACGAGAAUUUUUGGGAAGUGAAGCCAUGCAUUACCUUGGAAUACCUACAAGCAGGGCAGCUAGCUUAGUUGUAAGUGAUGACUAUGUUUGGAGAGAUCAGUUCUACAAUGGGAAUAUUAAGAAAGAAAGAGGUGCAAUUGUGUUACGUGUUGCAAAAUCAUGGUUUCGAAUAGGAUCAUUGGAAAUACUAGCUCAUUCUGGAGAACUGGAUUUAUUAAGGAUGCUGCUAGAUAUGGUCAUAAAAGAACACUUUCCAAAAAUAAACGUAAAUGAUUCAAAUAAAUAUCUGGAGUAUGCAAUACUGAUAAUUUCAGUUUAUUAUCCAUAACCAUAGAUUAUGGUCCUUUUGGCUUCAUGGAUUCAUACAACCCAGACUUCGUUCCAAACACAUCUGAUGAUGAAGGACGGUAUAAAAUAGGAAAUCAGGCAAAUGUUGGAAUAUUUAAUCUGAACAAACUGCUUAAGGCUUUAAGCCCUUUAUUUAGUCCAAGACAAAAGCAACUGGCUUCUCAAAUACUUGAAGGAUACCCUCAACAAUAUUAUAAAGGCUUUAUAGAUCUAUUCAAGACAAAAUUAGGUCUGCUAGGAGAGAAUGAGGAUGAUGACUAUUUGAUUGCUUUCCUUCUAAAACUCAUGGAAGACACAAGGGCAGAUUUCACAAUGACUUUUCGGCAACUCAGUGAGAUUUCAGAAGACAAACUCAAAGAUCUCAACAUUCCUAAGGAAUUCUGGGCUUUGCAAGAUGUAGCUAAACACAACAACUUUUCAACCUGGAUUGCUAUGUACCUUUUGAGAUUAAAAAGGAAUAUAGGUGAUUCAGACUCUGAAAGGAGGAGAAGAAUGAGCAGUGUUAACCCAAGAUACGUGCUUAGAAAUUGGAUGGCAGAAUCAGCUGUCCAGAAGGCUGAAAUAAAUGAUUUUACAGAGGUCCGCUUCUUGAAACAGGUUUUGCAACAUCCAUUUCAGGCACAGAUUCUGGCUGAGACAGCUGGUUAUGCACAGCGUCCCCCUGCUUGGGCUAAGGAUGUUAAAGGAAAGCCGCAAAUGCUAUUAGUAAACAACAAUGUUGCUACCCACACUGUUGUUAAAGGACACAGCCAACCCAAUUUGAGAGAGAGCAAAAUCUGAAAGAAUUAGGAAAAUGAACUGCAUGGACUCUGAAGAGAAGCACUAAGCAAUGGAAAUGGGAUAAGAGGACGCUAUUGUGCCAGUUUGCUCCCAGGGUACCAAUUCUUUCACCCUAGAUUA